AGCGCCGGAAGUGAGUAAAGUUUUGGCAAAGACUCCGGAAGCCGCGGCCUCUGGCUUUCACUGCGGCUUCUGACUCCGGCCUUGGGAUGGGUUGCGACGGAGGAACAAUCCCCAAGAGGCACGAGCUGGUGAAGGGGCCGAAGAAGGUCGAGAAGGUUGACAAAGAUGCUGAACUGGUGGCCCAGUGGAACUACUGUACUCUAAGUCAGGAAAUCCUGAGGCGUCCAAUCGUUGCCUGUGAACUUGGCAGACUGUAUAACAAAGACGCCGUCAUCGAGUUCCUGUUGGACAAGUCUGCUGAAAAGGCUCUGGGGAAGGCAGCAUCACACAUUCGGAGCAUCAAGAAUGUGACAGAACUCAGGCUUUCUGACAACCCUGCCUGGGAAGGAGAUAAAGGAAACACCAAGGGCGACAAGCAUGACGACCUCCAGCGAGCACGGUUCAUCUGCCCCGUGGUGGGCUUGGAGAUGAACGGCCGGCACAGGUUUUGCUUCCUCCGAUGCUGCGGUUGUGUGUUUUCUGAACGCGCCUUGAAAGAGAUAAAAGCUGAAGUUUGCCACACGUGUGGGGCCGCCUUCCAGGAGGAGGAGAUCAUUGUGCUCAAUGGCACCAAGGAGGACGUGGACUUGCUGAAGAGGAGGAUGGAAGAGAGGCGGCUUCGGGCCAAGCUGGAGAAGAAAUCAAAGAAACCGAAGACCACCGAGUGUGUUUCAAAGGCGGGUGUCACAGACGACUCUGCAGGGCCAUCAAAAGUGAAGGCUGGCAAGCCUGAAGAGGCAGACCCCGAUCCUAAAGAGAAGAGAAGCACCGUGGCUUCCAGAGCAGCUAGCGGGAGUGCUUCUGGGAAAGCUGGGAAGCCCCCAUGUGGGGCCCUGAAGAGGUCCAUCGCAGACAGUGAAGAGUCUGAAACCUACAAGUCCAUCUUCACAAGCCACAGCUCCGCCAAGCGCUCCAAGGAGGAGUCUGCCCACUGGGUCACCCACACAUCCUACUGCUUCUGAAGCAGGACCACAGCCCUCCCCUUGGGGCUCCUCCCCUGUGGCCUUCUGUGCCAGCUUGCCUGAUGUGGCACCAUGCUAUAAAGCUCUCCUCUGCAAUCUUCGACCUGCGUGGUCACUGGCUGUGACAUGUGUGGGUCCAAGGAGGGUGAGGUGGCUUGCAACUUAACAGGCCGCUGCUCCCACGGGCUGUACCUCUUGCUUAGCCUGGUGACUGCUGCUUACACUUAGGUAGCAGAAGGACUCUGGGUUCCUCACUGUACCGUUGGCUCAUUUUCUAAAAUUGUGACGGGUCAAGAAAGCAGUGACACUGGGCUUCAGGACAGACUUGCAGCUGUCAGCCCUUGCUCCUGGUGAGGUUCUUGUCUGAUACAAGGACAUCAGAGAGGAAUCACACCCUGACUGACUGAUACAAAGUAAAGCCCCUUUCUCUCAUCUCCUCUUUCUUCCUCUUACAUCUUGGUAAGAAAAUGGCAGCCAUCAAGGUGACAGGGGCGGACAGGAAUGACACCUUCUCCAUCUUCACAGUUAAAAUUGGAACCUGUGUAAGACUGUUCAUGGGAGCAGGGUAGAACUGCCUCCAUGGGCCAGUUCUAAAAUCCUGCUUCUAGGCUGGGCAGGUGGCUCACUCAGUGGAUAAAGCACACGUCAUGCACACUUGCAGACCAGAGUUUGGAUCCCCAAAACCUUAAGCUACGUGACCAAGAUGCUUACAAGUUCCUGCAGGGUUCUGGGGAGAACCUGUCUCAGUAACUAGAAUAGAGUGCAACUGAGAAGAUGCCCCGUGUCAACCUCAGGCCUCCACACAUGCCUACAAGAGUGCGAACAUAGAAACCCUAGAGUCCCUGCUCCCAAACCAAGCAUGGUGGCAUGUCUAGUCGAAGCCCUCAGACUGAGGCAGGAAGAUCACAGAUGUCAAAGCUGGCCUAGGUUACAUAGCAAGACCUUGCCUUAGAAAACACCCAAAGACAAGCACCUACCCAACUGCCCUCAGGUUCUUUGCUUGCAAGUGAUUAGGCUUGGCCGCAAGGAGACAUAAGGCUUGUUCUGGGACAGUGUUAGGAGCAUGUAGACAUGGGUGAGUGGGACAAGCUGUGAGAUGAGUAUUGUCCAAGAGAACCUGAGAUGUGUGACCUUUGUAUUUAGAAACUAAAAUAAAGAUUGUAGAAAUAUU